CAUGAAGUCUUGACUCUGUCAUGUUAAAACUCAGUUUAUCUCAGGUAAUUUUACAAAACGGAUUAUAUUAUUAGAUAAAAUGAAUAGAGAUGGGAUUGAAGUGUGUUAUCUUGUAUGUUAUUGAUUUAUUUAAUGAUCCAGUUUGAAAUGCAAAGGUAAAACUGCGAACGUUACUGUGGGGUUGCAGUCAACAGGCCAAAUAGUGUAUCUAGCUAACGUUAGCUAGCUAUCGUUCUUCGGGUGUCGUACAGUAGGCACACACACUUGCAAAAUUAUAUACACUAUAUAGUAAAUAAUAAUUGUGAUAACAUUGUAAAAUAUUUACAGUAUAAUUUCACACAGUAAGUCACAGUGCAUGAUAUUGUGUAUGGUUUGCUACGUUUAUAAAGUAGUAAUAGAUUUUAGCGCAAGGAUUGCUAGCAAGUUAUGCUAGCCGCGCUAGCUAACUUACUUAGAACAAGGGCCGUGGAGUUUGUUAGCCAGUUCGCUAGCUAUUAGCUAGCCAACAUAGUUGAUUAUGGGCUACAGCCCGUUUCCACAAUAAAAUCAGUCAAGCUAACAGACUAUUGAGUCUGAAUUCAAUACAGUUUAUUCUUAUUUUAAAAGACUGGGAGAUUGUGCCCUAGUCCAGUGUUACUGUAGCUGCACGUAAAUGUUCACCAAAAUUCAACAAGAUAAUUUGCAGAAUAAUUUUAGAAUAUGGCACAAUGGCAGGUCAUUCUAUAAAUAUAUUAUGAUUGUCAUAUAGACUCAGAUCAACAAAAAUAAAUCAAUGUUCUGUACAUAGUGUUUUUAGACAUUCUUUGUAGUGCCAUACCAAGUAGGCCUGUGUCAGUCAAAUGAUUUAUUGGUAUAUUAUUAUUAUAUAUUAUUGAUUUAUAAUGCAAUUUGUUUGUGUGUACAGGUCCCUUGGACAAAGAACUGGAGGGAUUACCUUGUGGAAGUUACAGUGCAUUUGAAAAGUAUUCAGACCCCUUCACUUUUUCCACAUUUUGUUACGCCUUGUUCUAAAAUGUAUUACAUAUUUUUUCCCCCCUCAACCUACACCCAAUACCCCAUAAUGACAAAGCGAAAACAGGUUUUUAAAAAUGUUCGCAAAUGUAUAAAAAAACAUACAAAAAAUAGAGUUUCUAAAAACAUUUUUUUACUUUGUCAUUAUGUAGUAUUGUGUGUAGAUUGAGGGGGUGGGGACGAUUUAAUACAUUUUAGAAUAAGGCUGUCAUGCAACAAAAUGUGGAAAAGGUGAAGGGGUUUGAAUACUUUCUGAAUGCACUGUACCUGGAAUACACAGUGGAUAUUUUUCCCCUAAGGAUGGAUUUGGUGGGAGGUGAGCUUUGCUAUUGCAAGGCUGUCCUCUGGCGAGGCAGUAGGUGGGUGGUGUGGAGCUGGCCUCGGCACCGGGAGAGGCCCCCUCGCCCGCCCCCCCUGUGCUGCAUGGCUGCGAUGGCGCCCGCUCUAACCGACGCCCCGGCCGAAGCUCACCGCAUCCGCUUCAAACUGGCUCCGCCCUCCUCCAACCUCUCCCCGAGCGGCGUGGAGAGCAACGGAGGCACCAGUCACAUCCUCGUCUCCAGCAACGGCGCCGUCAAGCGCAAGGCCUCCGAAGAGCGUGGUCCUCACGGGGGUUCCAUCACAGGUAAGGGGAAGGAGGAGUCGACGAGAAGCAACGAGGCUUCUUCCACACCUCUUGGGAAACUACAGCCGCUGGUGGCAUCAUACCUGUGCUCAGACGUGACGUCCGUUCCCUCUACCAAGGAGUCACUGAAGCUGCAAGGCGUCCUGCUGCAGAAACACGGCCUUCUGCCCAGCUUCCUGCCCAGGAAACACAAGACACUGGAGCUCUCAGAGGAGCAGCUCAAGAGCAUCAUGAGUAACAGCAGAGGGGGUGGUCCCCCUGCCCUGUCAAGCCCGCCGCCACCGGUCAACGGCGUGGCUAAGAAGUUCGCCAAAAACGGGCCAGACUGGGACAGUAUGACAACGGUCAAUGGAGGUAAUAACAGGCCUCCUGCUGGACAUGGACUGGACUCCCCGGUGCCCCAACCCAACACGACUGCCUCUAGAGGAAACUCUCCUCUCAACGGAGGAGGGGAGCACCAGCAGCCCACAGGACUGUCCUACAACCCUGCCGGAAACCCUGAACAGCCAGCACCCCCCGCAGCCUCCAACACCCCCAUGGACUGCCCCGACAGCAAACCCUCCGAACGGCCACCAUCGCUGGCCACGGACACAUCAUCCCUUUCCCCAACGGACCGACAGACCUCCCUGGGCCUGGGCAGCCUUGGAGUGGACGUUAAGGAGCGGACUCAGCAGAGCCAGAGCCGGCAGGGCGAGAUUGAGGGGCGUCUGCGGCGCCUGAGGAAGCGCCUCCAGGUGGUUCAGGCCAAGCAGGUGGAGCACCACGUCCAACAGCAGCUGGGGGGGCUCCUGGAGAGCACACUGGGGCCACUGGAUGCCCUCCGAACUGGCGGGAGACGAGGAGGCAAGGACGCCCCUCUCACCCCGCAGGAGAGGGAGGGGCUUGGGCGAUUCCUGAAGGACGGCUCUGUACCAGCAGAGCUGGAGCGCCUGUCCCUCAGCGGAACCACCAACCUGAGGUCCACGGAGAGCGCCUUCGACUCAGACGCCACGGAGAGCAGCUCCGGAGGAGAGACUGACGUGGAGGAGGACGAGCUCACCAGGGUGGACAUCGAGCAGCGACACAUCUCUCUAUGGAGACGUGCGGAGGGGCGCUACGCGGUGGAUAGGGCCUCCAUAGUCAGCCACUGGAACUGGCUGCAGGCCCACGUGUCUGACCUGGAGUACCGCAUCCGCCAGCAGACGGACAUCUACCGUCAGCUCCGCUCCAACAAGGGUUCCAUAAUGCUGGCAGAGACCUCCCCCUUUGACGUGUCACCUGAGGACGGGGAGGUGAAGGCGGAGCCUGUUGGUUGCCCGGUAAUAAAGGAGUGCGGCUCAGACGGUGGGGCGGAAGGUCCCGGAACGGUCUCCGUGGAAACGGGCCCGAGGAAAGGUUGCGCGUCCGGGAGACGGGUCAACGGGAUCAUCAACAGCCUGCGGCCUGGUUCUCCAGAGUGUUCUGACCUGGAGGAGCAGCUGAGGAAGCAGCAGCAGCAGAGCCUGCCCUCGUCCCAGCACCAGCUAUCGUGCUCCCCUCAGGACGACACGUGUGUGGCGGCCCGCACACGCCCCCUCCUCAGCUGCAAGAGACGACGCCUCGUCAGGCCUAGCACCGUCACCAACCUCAACCGCAAGGGCCAGAGGCUGUGCGUACCGGGUCCUCGCUGCGGCUGCGAGGUCAACCCCCAGUGUAUGACGUGUGGCGGCCGCACCCUCUCCUCCUCUGACGUCCAGUACGAGCGCCCUCUACUGGAGAGGCUGUCCCAGUUCGAUCCCUGCGUGCACCCCAUCCUCUCCCUCUCAGACGAUGUGACGAUGAGUCUGCACCUGCAGCGCGUCCUGAAGUCCCACUGGAACAGCCGGCCCCUGGAGAAGAUGAAACCCCUGAAGAAGCUCUCCGUGAAGCACAAGCUCUCCGUGGGACGCCCUCACGACCCCUCCGCCUCCUUCACCUCCAAAGACAAACACAAGAUGACCAACUCCCUCCUCUCCACAGUCCGCCUGUCCCACCACAAGGUGCGUUCAGAGAAGCUACACAGGCAUCAGCUGGACAGCCUGCUGGGGUCCACCAAGCUGGAGGGCCGCCCCCACUACCGAGGGGAGCAGGGCCACGGGCCCUACGACAAGAGCCACGCACGCAAGAGACCCCGAGAACACUCACUGUCACUGGACAGUAUGGACAACACCCCUAAGCUGUACCUGGAUGGGGGCAGUCUGUGCCAGUCUCUAUCUGCUGGGCUCCCCACCCACAGCUCCCUGCUCCGACAGCUGUCAGCCUCCUCAGAGACCUGCUCCAUGCCCUUCACCUCCUUCAACAGCACCCCGCAUCAGCCCAUCCGCAGGAGGAGGGGAGAGAGCUCCUUUGACAUCAACAACAUCGUCAUCCCCAUGUCUGUGGCUGCCACCACCCGCGUGGAGAAACUGCAGUACAAAGAGAUCCUCACCCCCAGUUGGAAGGAGGUUGACAUUUGUGCUAAGCCAAUCGCUGAGGAGGCUGACAUUGAGGAGAUUGAGGACCUGACAGACACUGCGUUCUCCCAGCUGCACCAGCCCUGCGAGGACCAGGAGCGUUCCCGCUGGAGCUGGACGGCCAGCGCCAUCGCCAAGAGGAGAGGCAGCCGUUCGUAUGUCAGUGGACGGCUGGACGGUCGCACUACUCCCCUACUGAGCAGCACUAACCCCUCCACGCCGCAGCCCUCCUCUCCAGACACAGCCCACUUCCACGCCCUGCAGGACUACGGCAGCGCCGCCUCCCCCUGCUCCCCGGCCAGCCCUGACCUGCUGUCCUACCCUUACACCCCAGGGUGUUACACAGCGGGAGGGUACUCCUACACCCCUAUAGGCUCCAGGGACUCCCACCGCCUGCUCUCCAACGAAGACACGCGCUGCUCCACGCCUGACGGCACCUACGAAGAACUGGUUCCCAUCCCAGUACACCCGUGGGACCGGAGGAGCUUCCCCCUGGAGAGCGACCCGCCGCCGGAGCCCGAGGAGCAGCCAGGGAACACCGAGGAGCGCCCCUAUAGAACCAUGCGCCACAUCUCCGGUUGCAAGACGGGCUCGUCCAGGUCUGAGUCCGACACCGGAGGUCCCCCCUCGCCGCUCCUUCCCCCUGACGACAGCAGCAAGCAGAAAGCCCCCUCCACCACCCUCACCACCACUCUCACCAGACCCUCCCACCGAUGAACGAAGGCUCUCAUUGCAUAAAGGACUCUGCACUUUUUUCUUUCACAAGACUCAAAACAAGAACUACAUCAACAAUGGAAUAAUGGACUCCUGUUGUUUGAUAUUCAAACAUCAGUCAAAUUCUUUCACAGUUUUUAGUGAACAUAGACAGAGACCCCCCCCCCCCCCCCC